AUGAAAAUCUUACCAUCUCUUUAUCUCUUUAUAUCUGUUCAUACCAUCCUGUGUAUCAAUGAGCUCGCAUCUUAUUACGAGACCCUUGGUGAGGCUCGAGUCACAUACUACUCUAGUAAGAAAGAUGAAACCACCCAUUUUGGUUAUAAAACCGUGAAUAAAGACGAAAAGGAAAAACUUGUUGGUGGAGUUUUUUCAUCGGUUGCUUCUAAUUAUGAUGUUAUGAACGAUGCCAUGUCUCUUGGUAUACAUCGUUUAUGGAAAUCACACUUUAUCAAUCGUUUGGAUGCCGGAAUGAGACCAGGAUCUUCAAGACCUCUUGAUUUCUUGGAUGUUGCUGGUGGGACUGGUGAUAUUGCAUUUGGUUUACUUGAUCAUGCAGAAUCAAGAUUUAAUGAUAUUUCUUCAACCAUGACCAUUGCUGACAUUAAUGCUGAUAUGUUGGCUGAAGGUAAAAAUAGAUUUCAAUCAACUAAAUGGAAUGAUGGUUCUGAUCGAGUAAACUUUUUGGUUCAAAAUGGUGAAACUAUGGAUCAAAUUGAAGAUAAUUCAAAAGACGUUUAUACUAUUGCUUUUGGUAUUAGAAAUUUCACCAAUAUACAGGCUGGGUUGGAUACUGCUUAUCGUGUUUUAAGACCAGGUGGAAUUUUUGCAUGUCUUGAAUUUAGUCAAGUUGAUAAUCCAGUAAUUGAUUAUGUUUAUCAAGCAUAUUCUUUUAGCUUAUUACCGUUAAUGGGUCAAUUGAUUGCCAAUGACCGUGACUCUUAUCAGUACUUGGUUGAAAGUAUUAGAAAUUUCCCAAAACAAGAAGAAUUUAAAGGUAUGAUUGAAAAAGCUGGCUUCUACGUUCCUGAAAAAGGUUAUGAAAAUUUGACUUUUGGUGUGGCAAGUAUUCAUAUCGGUGUUAAACUUUAGGGUUCUGUUUCAUGAGUUAUGAUUAUGAU